AGUCACGACAAGGCUGAGGACGCGACAAACCAACUUGACCAGACAGCCGCAAAAAUCAGUGCCACAUACCUCGCGACGAGCAGUCUGGACCUGACGGCCGCAUUCGGCUGUCCAUACGAACCCCCUAUUCUCGGAACGUAUGCCCUCGUUCGACAUGUCCGCAGAAAAACGCCCAGCAUCCGAUGAGCCCAGCACCACGCAGCUGGUCAAACGACCGAACCUUGGGCCUGGCAGCGCCGCUGCGCGAAGUGAUGGCUACUCUGGGAAUGGCGCGCUUAUACAAGCGGGACCUCGCCUGAGCUCACUGGAGGCGCCACUGAUGGAGCUGUCCGGCCACUCUGGAGAGAUCUUUACUGCAAAGUUCAAUUCGAGCGGCCAAUAUGUCGCAUCGGGGUCGAUGGAUAGGUCGAUAUUACUUUGGAAGGCGCACACGAACUGCGAAAACUAUGGGAUCCUUACUGGCCACAAGGGUGCGAUUCUCGAUCUGCAAUGGUCGCGAGAUUCGGACAUUUUGUUCUCUGCCUCGGCCGACAUGCACCUCGCCAGUUGGGAUUUGACCUCGGGCACGCGAAUUCGCAGAUACGUGGGGCACGAGGAAGUGAUCAACUCGCUGGACAUUAGCAAACGUGGAGACGAACUCCUUGUCAGCGGAAGUGAUGACGGCACCAUCGGCAUAUGGGACCCGCGCAAAAAGAACGCAGUGGAUUAUAUCGAGACCGGGUUCCCGAUAACAGCAGUCGCCAUGUCGGAGGCGGGGAACGCGAUCUACUCGGGCGGAAUCGACAACGAUGUCAAAGUGUGGGACGUACGAAAGAAGGCCGCUGUAUACACCAUGACUGGACAUCGAGACACCAUCACGUCACUCAAGGUCUCGCCAGAUUCGCAGACACUCAUGUCAUAUUCGAUGGACUCUACAGCACGUACCUGGGACAUCCGGCCAUUCGCACCGACGACGAGGCACAUCCGGACGUUCGAUGGGGCGCCGUUUGGACUGGAGAAGAACUUGGUUCGUGGAGGCUGGGAUAAGGCGGGCAAGAGGAUCGCUGUUGGCGCGGCUGACGGCACGGUCGUGAUAUGGUCUAACGAGACUGGCAAGCUGCUCUACAAACUGCCUGGACACAAGGCCGCGGUCAACUGCGUGGAGUUCAGUCCCGGAUCCGAGUCAUUACUUCUGUCUGGUUCGACCGAUAGAACGCUCCUCCUCGGAGAGCUGCGGUGAUGCUAAGGUGGAGCGAAUGCUCCAGGAGGCUCGGGGUAAAAAGGAAGCGCCCCGACUUGAAUGUCUCACCAGAUUCAAGAGGGGCUUUGAUAAGUAAUCCGAUCAUUCUCCAAAGCCUCGACGCUCGAGAUCAUGUGUCAUUGAUCGACGCGAGGUCCUUCACUGCUGGAAAACAUGGGCGGUGAUGGGGCAAAAUACCGGACCGAUGGCGCACUGCGGCCGAGCAGCCGCAUUGGGAGGUCGUCGUCUCGAGUUGGUGGAGAGCCGCGGACGAUUUUCUUGUUUUUCCUUUCCUCCUCAUUGAUACCAAGCCUUAUGACACAGUCCGGGGCAGCUAUAAGCGUCAUGGGAGUUAAUUCCCUGAUGGGGGGAUCUUCUGAGACUUGAGGAGAUUUGACUGGGGUCAUUUGAUCCAAAUCCGGGGCAUCUGCGCGGGCCGUUGUUUAUCCUGAUUUGUCAGGAUUUUCACUACGCAACCGGGUUCUCGGUGUGGACAGAGUUGUUUCUCCAUGUGGUUACUGUUUAUCAAGUUCAUGCCCUUGAGGAGAGAUGGAAGUUGAAAUCACUGUCUGUCAAAAGGUACCAAGGUAAUUUAGCUGAAGCCCCACUUCUCUCGAAAGCCGUGCACCGAACCGAUAUCGAGAGUGACAGCUGUGGGCGCGCACAACCAAACCAGACAACGACAUGGAUUAAUCGUAAAGUUGACAGCACAACAUGCACAUUCUCCAA